AUUGUGAGUCUGUGCGCUCUUGUGGUACAAAUGAUUAGCAUGUUUCGGCGAUAAACUGAAGAAUCCGUCAAAAAAAAAGCCGUCACACCAAAGCCAUGACAUAGGCAGCUUGCAAGAUGUUUUUUUUCAAAUGUCUGUGGAGGAGCUAACCGAAGAGGUCUCUAGCAGUUUAAAUAAGGACAGGCUGGCAGGCAUAGUAUCGCCGUCAAUGAUGCAGGGAUUUAAAACAGUUCAGACAGCUUGAAAGAAAAGCAUGUUGGCUUGCCCAGGUUUAGCCCUGCUCCUUUUCCUCAGUCCUUCCAACGCACAGCCAUGUCCUGUCGUUUGCAAGUGCACCUCUCUCGGCUCUUAUGGAUAUGAAGUGAACUGUAGCUCCACGGGUCUUACUGUGGUGCCAAUGCUACCUCCUCAUACCACCGAACUUUACCUGCAAAAUAACCUGCUCACAACAGUGCCUCACGGGAGACUGGACAAGCUUCAGCACCUCAACAAUGUCAACAUGUCCAACAACACCUGGGACUGCGGGUGCGACAUCAUCUACCUAAAGACCUGGUUGGAGGACCAGGAAGCCAUCUCUCUUGCAGACGUCAAGUGCUUCACCCCAGCUUCCCUUGCAGGGAAACCCCUGUCCCAAAUCACAGGCCACGACUUAGCCCAAUGCACUCAAAUCACGAAAUGCCCUGACUUUGUUUACAACGAUAUACUUCUAUUGCUUUCACUUUGCAUUCUCAUUAUCCUUCUCGCAUGGAGCCUUAAAACUACAAGGACAAUCACUUUUAUCUAUGACUUCAAUGCUAGGCAUGGAGACAUGGAGCUUCAGUCAUUAAAAUCCACGAAGCCCAAGCACAGGUGGAAGAGAUCCGAUGCCCUUUCCAAGGAAUUAUUGGAGGAGGAUGAAACGGAGACACCUUUAACAACGGAUAACAUGGAAAUCCUGAAUCCAAUAUUGCACAUCUUGCAAACCAAACACAACAUAAAACUUAAAGCUACAUGACAGGAAAUGAGCAAGACAAAUUAAAAUGUAUUAUUUUGGAAGGUCAAAAAAGGAGAAUUAAAAGAUUUUUAUGAACUAAUCAAUCAAUGAAGGAAGACACUGAGAAAUGCUGUUGCCAUGCAGUGCUUGCUCCCAAGUAUUUAAUGUUUUGAUUUGUCCAUUGGAACACCCAGUUAGAACUGUAAAUCUUACUUUUUUUUUUUUUGCCCCUCCCCCCUCAAACUUUCGAAAUGUUGUCUGUGUUGAAUUCUGUAUGUGGUAGUUCAUGCAUUUCUGAUGAAAUAAACAUUAAUCCUUCAGUGCUUUUGUGAAACACUUUACACAGCUCCCCUUCACAGAGACAGAGCACAAGUCGAAAGUGGGCAAAUUCAUUUGUGUGACUCCUCUUCCUUUCUGUAGUUCAGGAUACGUAAAUCUUUAAAUCAUACCGUCACGAACGCGAGUCGCAUCAUGUCAGCACCCUAACGUUUCAGUGUUGUUAACAUACGGUACCUUGAGGGAGUACCCGUUUAAAAAAAAAAAAAUACCAAGCUGCUGUGGAAAAACACCUCUACC